GCUACAGAUGCCUCAAACUCUUUUUCUCUCCUAUGCUGCACAAUCCCCAGCCAUCUCCAUAUGCAUGUCCACUCAGCUCACCUCAUUCUCAUGCGCAUGCUGGACAAUAUAUCCUCAGCCAUCUCCAUGUGUUAUGCAAUUCUUGACGCUUCCUUCUCCUACGUGCUGCACCAUCCUAGCUCAGCCAUUGAUCUCCAUGUACGUACGUGUUUUGCACCCAUGCUGCAGAUAUCCACCUUGCUAGCUCUAAUUCUCCUGUGUGCUGGAGAUAUCCUAAGCCAUCUCCAGUCAGAUCCUUCUCCUGCUGUGUGCUGCAAUUCUCUUCAGUCGGCCGCAGGAUCUCGAAUCAACAUUUGACUCUCAGCAUCAACAUUCGACUCUCAGCUUCUGCUUUUUUUUUUUUCCUGUUAAUAUUAAUUCCCUUGAAAACACAUUGUAUGAAAUAUUUUUGUAAAUAUUACAUUAUUAAUUAAUUAGGUAUCAAUUU